AUGUCGGCCCCUCACGAAAAGACACCCCAAGACGACGGCCAUGAGUCGGAGCCCGAAAUGCUCGAGGCCGACGAGGUCGGCGAGGAAGUCAACGUCGACGACGAGGACAUGCCCAUGGACUCUGACGACGAAAACGAAGAAAUCAACCUCCAAAACGACUCGGUCGCCUACUUUGACGCCCACAAGGACUCCGUCUUCGCCAUCGCCCAGCACCCCGUCCACCCGACCCUCAUCGCCACCGGCGGCUCCGAAGGCGACGCAGACGACGCCCCCGGAAAGGGCUACCUCCUCUCCACCGCCGCCGCCGCCUCCCGCCCCGUCCUGCCCGCCUCCUUCUCCGGCGACGCCGCCCAACCCCAGUCCACCGAGCUCCAGUUCAUCUACCCGAUCGACGGCCACACGGACAGCAUCAACGCCCUGGCCUUCACCCUCCCCAAGGGCGACUUCCUCGUCAGCGGCGGCAUGGACGGCAAGCUCCGCGUCCACGCCCUGCGCGUAAACUCCCCCACCGCCGAGGCCGCGAGCGUCCAGAUCAAGUUCAUCGCCGAGGCGCAGGAGGUCCCCGAGGUCAACUGGAUAGCCGCCUGCCCGAGCCCCAAAUACCCAAACACCAUCGCCAUCGGCGCCAGCGACAACUCCGUCUGGGUAUACACCAUCGAUAUCGCGGCGGGAGGCGGUAACCCCGCGAACUGCCUGCAGCUCGUGCAGACGUACUGGCUUCACCAGGCCCCCGUCACCGCGGGCGCCUGGACGCCCGACGGAAACUUCCUCUGUACCGUCUCCGAGGACGCGAGCCUGUACGUGUGGGACGUCUGGGGAGAGGCGGCGGCCGCGGGACUGGUGGAGAGUAACGGCCAGACGACGGUGAGCUUGACGGCCGAGGACCAGCGCUUCGUGGUCGAGGGCGGGUUGUACAGCGUCGCGGUGGAUCCCAAGGGCACGUUGGUCGCUGUCGGUGGUGCCGGUGGCGCGAUCCGCAUUGUGAGUUUGCCUAGGCUGGCGAGUUCUGCACAGGCCGGCAAGGGCGGGAAGAGCAAGAGCGCGUCGGACGUUGUAGGCGGAGGACAAAUUCUUGCGGCGCUGCAGACUGCGUCGGAUUCGAUCGAGGCGCUGAGCUUCACGACGGCGACGGGCGGGCCGGGACAGAUUUCUACGUUGCUUGCUGCUGGGUCCGUUGAUGGCAGUGUUACCGUGUUUGACGCUGGCAGGAGGUUUGCCGUCAGGAGGAGUCUCGUCGGUGCGCACGAAGAGUUCAGUGUGGUCAAGGUGGAGUUUGUGAAGAACAGCUGGCUGCUGACGACGUGUGGUAUGGAUGGUGUUGUGAGGCGGUGGGAUCUGAGGGCACAGGAUGGCGGUCUUGUCAAGGAGUGGAAGGGACACCGGGGCGAUGGAGAGGGUGGUGGUGUGCUUGGCUUCGUGCAGGGUGAGACUGGAGAGAGGGUUGUCACUGCUGGUGAUGAUGGUGUCGUUCUGGUGUUUGAGGCUUGA